UGAAUCUGACCGUGCUCCGGGAGGGUGCCGGACUCCGAGCUGUGCCUUGAAGGGGCUGACCGGGUUGGAAUCGGGGAUCUGGAGCGGAUUGUGGGUGUGAGGGCGGUCCCCGAGGCUGUGAUGCCCAGGAGAGGACGGCAGCACUGACUCAGGAAACCAUGUCCGCGGCGGCGGCAGCAGCAGCAGGAAACAAGGCCAGAUCUGAGGUGACAAUUCUUUCUGGAGAGGAUGCGAAUGAGUGGAGUGUUUACCUGGACAGUUUGCUCGCAUCAACCUUUAACGUUCUGCCCUACACAGUGAGCAAGAACACUUUGUUUUCAAACCGGGAUUACAGUCAGUUUAGGAGAUGUAAGUGUCUCUUGGUUCUACUAUCACCGCAGCUUGUGGAGUUGUUGGCACUACCCCAGAUAGAGCAGGGGCUGCAGAGGGCACUGUACCCCGGACACAAAGUCGUCCUGCUGUUUUGUGGAGUGACAGAAAUGACAGAACUCCAGAACUUGUUCAGAGACUGGAAGAACUGGAAACAAGUAUCAUGUGACGAUGAGCCAUCUGUUUUCAUCUCCGCUGUGGAAGAGGCCAUCAAUGAGAGUUACGGCAGAGACUCGGGCUGUGACACAACAGAAUCUGAACUGCAAGCUGAACCUCAAGCCAAAGUGCGGAGUAACGUAGCAAAAUCCACUGUGGAACUGUGUUCCCAAACUUUCAGAGACCCCCAAGAAAACACAGUGAAAGUUCUACCGGAUAGGAUCCCAUGCGGGACCCCACAGCAGAUUUUUAUUAUUCUGAAGGUCAAACUGGACACCAAAGUCAAAUGUGAAAUUGACUUUACGUUCGGUGUGAAGGCUGCUGUUCGUGUUCCAGCCAUGUUUGUCAAUGAGUACACAUUAUCUGCACAAGCACCAGACAUGCCUUCAGGAUUGAUUACACUCACUAUAUACUCAGGGGAUUUGAAAGUAAGCUCAGCAACUCUAGUUUAUUACACUGACAUGGAAGAAAUUGAAAACCUUCUGAGGAAUGCUGUCAAUCCUGUGGAAUUUAUGUGCCAGGCUUUCCAUAUUGUACCGUAUAACAGAGAAACACUGGACAAACUACUGACAGAGUCACUGAGGAGAAACAUGCCAUCUAAUGGACUGCAUAUAUUUGGAAUUAACCAGUUAGAAGAGGAUGAUCUAUCAACAACUCAGCGAGAUGAAGAGCUCCCGACGCUGCUUCACUUUGCAGCCAUGUAUGGUUUGAAGAACCUGACUGCCCUACUUCUGCAGUGUCCAGGAGCGUUGCAGGCUUACAGUGUGGCCAACAGACAUGGGGAUUAUCCAAACAACAUGGCAGAGAAGAAUGGAUUCAGAGACCUCCGGCAAUUCAUGGAUGAAUAUGUGGAGACAGCCGACAUGCUGAAGACUCAUCUCAAAGAGGAGCUGUGCGGUGACAUUGAAGGGGAAGGGGACGAAGACCUGUAUGAGUCCAUGGCAACUGUGUCCAAAGACAUCCUGAUGAAAUGCACCUUAAACCCUGGCUGCGAUGAGGACAUCUACGAGUCAAUGAUGGAAAUACUGCCUCCGACAGGGGUUAUGGACAGCACCUAUGAGCCAAUGUCAAACCUGAUGGGAACAGCCCAUGCAUCUACUCGAGUUCCAGAUAGUUUUGGGUCCACGACUGAUUGCAUACUGAGGAAAUUCCUGCAAGGGAAUAAUGACAAGUCUGUGGACUGUGAUGGCCCUGGUGAAAUGGAAGAGGCAGGCGUGUACAAUACCGUGCCAGAUGAUGACAAUCGUCAAGAGAUUAUGAGCAGACCUCCACUCCCUGUCCCUCGUCUACACACUGUUCCUGAUGUCGAUGAUAUGAAGCCCUACAUUUGUAAAGUGUUCUGCAAUAAAGAGGAGAAGAGACCAGAGAACCUUUACGUUACAGCAUUGCAUAGUACUGCAGAUGGAUCCUCUGGCCCAGUUGGUAUUUGUUUUCCAGCAAUUCCGCCACGCACCAAGCAGCCACUGUCUAGAGCUCCAUCCAGCGACUAUGACCCAUUUGCGGGGAUGAAGACGCCUGGGCAGCGCCAGCUCAUCACCUUGCAGGAACAAGUGAAGUUAGGCAUGAUCAAUGUGGAUGAGGCUCUCUUGCAGUUUAAGGAGUGGCAACUGAACCAGAAACGCAGAUCUGAGUCAUUCCGGUUCCAGCAGGAAAACCUGAAGAAGCUGCGGGACAGUAUCACCCGGAGACAGAACGUCAAAGGGAAAUCCAGCAAGCGUCAAGAGUUGGAGAUCACACUUCCUGCUCGAUCAAAUGACCAAAUUCCAGAGAAUGCAGAGUAUGGAGUUUAUGAAGAGAAUUGCAGAUUCAUUCCGCCUUGCACACCACGAGAAGGGAUACAGCGGGGGAUGUGGAAAACAGGAAGCACAUCUAGCACAGCAAGUAGCCUCAGCAGUCGGUCAAGUACACGGAGCGUUCUGAGUUUAAGCAGUGGAGCAGAGGGGGAUAAUGAGGACAAUGAGGCAGUGGACUGUGGGCCUGUGAGCAGGCCUUUGAGCCGACACCGCCCACCCAGUUUACCACCUCCUCGAAUCCCACCCCGCAUACCCGCCAGAAACGCACCCCAGCCUCUGGCGAAAGUCACUCCUGCUCCACCUGUGCCACCUAGAGGUCGAUAGUCUCAUUUCAGGCUCUGGGGAAAAGCUGCUCCUCUUUCAAUAAUGCACCAUUUUAACAGAACCUUUCAACUGUUUGGAGACAAGAGACACUGUUAAAUUCCAAGUACAGCUUUAAAGCUCAAUGUCUGCUGCAGUUUUUUUUGUUUUUUUUAAUGGUACAUUCGAGUGUGGGUUUGCCAUUAAUUAGCCCACCAAUCUAUUUAUUUGAUUUUGUAAAUGGUGAAUACCUUUGAGAUGCUAAUCCUGAAAUGGUAGCUAUAUGUUUUGAUGUGGAACAGAGAUGAUUGGUAUUAUUGCUAGACUGUUAAUUCAGAGACCCAGGUAAUGGCAGAUGGUGGAAUUUGAAUUCAAUAAAAAAUCUGGAAUUAAGAGUCGAGUGAUGACCAUGAAACCUUUGCCAAUAUGUCCUUGAAGGAAAGAAAUUGCUAUCCAUGCCUGGUCUGAUCUACAUUGUGACCCCAGACCCACAGCAAUGUGGUUGACUCUUAACUGCCCUCUGGGCAGUUAAUUAAGAGUGGGCAAUAAUUGUUUGCCCAGCCAGUGAUGCCCAAGACCUGUGAAUUAGAACAAAGAACAAAGCAAAUUAGAGCACAGGAACAGGCCCUUCAGCCCUCCAAGCCUGCAGCAAUCCAGGAACUUAAUGAGAAAUAAUGGAAGGAGGUAAUCAGGGGCUAAACUCAUCCAUACCUUAAAUGGACGACCAAUUAAAUCAAUCUGUUUCUGGGAAGAUAAUCAGGGUGGGUUGGUAAGUUUACCAUGGGAAAGGGUUCAGAAAAGAUUUACAAGGAUGUUGCCAGGGUUGGAGGAUUUGAGCUAUAAGGAGUGGCUGAACAGGCUGUGGCUGUUUUCCCUGGAGCGUCAGAGGCUGAGGGGUGACCUUAUAGAGGUUUACAAAAUUAUGAGGGGCAUGGAUAGGAUAAAUAGGCAAAGUCUUUUUCCUGGGGUCAGGGAGUCCAGAACUAGAAGGCAUAGGUUUAGGGUGAGAGGGGAAAGAUAUAAAAGAGACCUACGGGGCAAUUUUUUCACACACAGGGUGGAAAGUUUUGGAAUGAGAUGCCAGAGGAAGUGGUGAAGGCUGGUAGAAUUGCAACAUUUAAGAAACAUUGGUGUUGUAGAUAGUGUUGAUGGCUGUUGCAGACUCCACAUGAUGUUGACAGAAUGCAGAGCUGGGCUAAGAAGUGGCAGAUGGAGUUCAACCUGGAUUAAUGUGAAAUGAUUCAUUUUGGAAGGUUGAAUUUGAAUGCUGCAUACAGGGUUAAAGACAGGAUUCUUGGCAAUGUGAAGGAACGGCAGGAUCUUGGAGUCCAUGUACACAGAUCCCUCAAAGCUGCCACCCAAGUUGAUAGGGCUGUUAAGAAGGCGUAUGGUGUUUUGGCUUUCAUUUAAAGGGGGAUUGAGUUUAGGAGCUGCAAGGUUUUGCUGAGGGUCUAUAAAACCCUGGUUAGACCACACUUGGAAUAUUGUGUUCAGUUCUGGUUGCCUCAUUAUAGGAAGGAUGUUGAUGCUUUAGGGAGGGUACCGAGGAGAUUUACCAGGAUGCUGUCUGGAUUGGAGGGCGUGUCUUAUGAAGAGAGGUAGAAUGAGCUCGAGCUUUUCACACUGGAGAGAAGAAGGAAGAGAGAUGAUUUGAUAGAGGUGUACAAGGUGUUGAGAGGCAUCGAUAGAGUAGAUAGCCAGAGACUUUUCCCCCAUAAAGAAAUGGCUGUAAGAAGGGGUCAUAAUUUUAAGGUGAAUGGAGAAAGGUUAGGGGGGAUGGUUGAAGUAGGUUCUUUAUGCAGAGAGUUGUGGAUGUGUGAAGUGCACUGCCAGAAGAGUCAAGAGACAUUAGGGGACAGCUGAACAUGCACAUGGAUGGCAGUAAAUUGAGGCUGUGUAAAUUAGAUUAAGCUUAGAUUAAGAUAAAUGCUCAGCACAACAUCAUGGGCCAAAGGGCCUGUACUCUACUGUACUGUUCUAUGCUCUGUGUUAUUAUAAAGAACAGAAUUUCUAAAAGAAUGCACUUUAGAGUGUUUAAGAACCGAGUUCAAUGCUUAGCCAGUUUAAAGUACAGCUGAACAUUACCUGAAUGAUUUUGCAGGAUGCAGUUGAUCAGGAUUUCUGCCUGUCUCUGUUUAACAUACAGGACAAUUAAUGCCUCAAUCCCAUAAAUUCAGCAAGGAACAACAGGAUAUAGUGCUAUUGAACCUAAAGGAAUCACAGCCAAAGAUUCUCAGUCUGACUGGGAACAAAGGGAGGCCCUGACAGAUAAAGUCCUCAGUCAAGAGGUUUUGACAGAGGGGAACAAAAUGACAAGACAGAGCAUUUGUGUGAUAUCAUUUACAUCUUCUGCCCCCAUCCCAGGGCUGGGACACUGUCAAAGAGAUUCUCACAAUACAUCAGUACCAGGAGCCUCCACAUCCCCAUGUGGCUGUGACCCCUCUCUUCCUGUUUUUGGGGUUUGAAUGGUAGAAGUGGACCCCGGUGAACGAUUUAGAAUUUCUGUUGUUAUAGGAUUCAUAUCCAGCUCUGGGCCAAACUGUUCCAUGUGUGAGGAGAACGUGUGUCAGAAAGUGUGAGGCGAACAUGUGUGAGGGCUUGUGAAUGAGAGUGUGAAUAGGUUGUGUCAGUUGGUGUAAGUGAGGGUGUGUCAGGAUAUGUGGAGAGUAUAUGGAUAAUGGUGCAUAGUGUGAGUCAGUGCGUGUAUGAGUGUCAGUGUGGGGAGUGUGACUGUCUGAGUAUGUCAGUGUGAGUGUACCAUUGUGUGUGUGAGCAUCGAGAUUGUGUGAAGUUUUUAUUAUUCCCUUGAUGUGGGGUCAGAAUGCACUUCAGAAUGUUUAAGGAUCAUGUUCAAUGCUUCACCAAUUUAAAUUUCAGCUGACCAUUAUCUGAAUGAUUUUGCAGGAUGCCGUUUUGAUCAGGGUUUCUGUCCGCUUCUGUUUAACAUACGGAACAAUAAAGUCUUCAAUUCAUAAAUUCAACAGGGAAAAACAGGAUAUAGUGCUGCACCAGCCUUUUUGCCCAUUUCUAACUACCCUGGGAAAAGUGGUGGUGAGCUGCUUGUUGAACUGCUGUAGUGUUUGGGGUGUAAGUAGACUCACAGUUCCAUUAGGAAGAGCGUUUCAGGACUUUGACGCAGCGACACUGAAUAAAAAGCAAGUCAGGAUGAAAUGUGAGUUGAAAGUGGAUUUGCAAGUUAUUGUGUCCCAUCCUGUGCUUCCCUUAACCUAUUAGGUGGUAGACGUUUGGAAGAUGCUGCCAGAGGAUCUUUGGUGAGUUGCUGCAGUGCAUCUUGUAGAUGCUGUUACUGGGCUUCUAUAGGGAGUGAACUUUGAAGGUAAUGGAUGGGGCACAAAAAUAUCAUAUGGGAAGAUCAUGGAUCAGAUCAAUGUGCAAGUUAUGAGGACAGUGAGUGAGUGUACCAAGGUCAGUAUGAAUGAGUAUGUCAGUAAGUUAGUGUGGUUGUGAGUCUCAGUUUCACCUGAGGCAGUGACAUUGUUCCUGGGUUAAUAACUGGUCACGCUUGUAAGUAACUUGCCACCUUUGUGCAGUCUAAACAAAGUGGGUGACAAAGGAAACUGCGAAAGAAAUGGUCAAUUUAAAAGCUGCUGCCUCACAGCACCAGGGUCCCAGGUUCGAUUCUAGCCUCAGGCAAUUGUCUGUGUGGAGUUUGCACAUUAUCCCCGUGUCUGUGGCGUUUUCUCCAGGUGCUCCGGUUUUCUCCCACAAUCCAAAGAUGUGCAGGUCAGGUGAAUUGGCCAUGCUAAAUUGCCCAUAAUGUUAGGUACAUUAGUCAGAGGAAGGGUAGGUUACUCUUUGGAGGGUUAGUGUGGACUUGUUGGGCCCAAGGGCCUGUUUCCACACUGGAUGGAAUCUAAUCUAAAAAAAUCUAAUCAAUGUCUAACAGCAGGAGCUGGAUUGUUUGGUAAUUGUUUUGAAUCCAUGUCAACAUCAAACUCACACUUUGAUCAGCUGCAAUAAUACACAUUCUGAUCCACUGUGUUUUUUUAAACUGUAAAUCAGAAUAACCUUUUUCUGUUUAAAUACAACUGUGUUUGAAAAAUGCAAAAUGAAGUUCUGAAACUUUAGCCUCUCUGGAGGUUGAAAGUUUUAUCUGUGAAUUUGGGUGCUUGGUGAGAUGAAGAAUUUUGGUCAUAGCAGAAGGCUUCCUCUCCUCUUUGCAAAACAAAGUGUGUCACCCAAACCCUAGAAGAAUAUUGUCCUCAUGUCAACUUACUGCAGACAUUGUGUGACCUCUCAGACUGAGCUUGCCUUGUUCAGAGUCUUCGAGUAAGGAAGGAAAAAGACAUGAGACAGAAAGGAGGUAGCUGUGAACAGACUGGUAAAGGGUAUUCCUCACAGUUGGAUGAUCAGAUGAUAAACAGGAUCCAAAGAGGACAUUUGGCAAGUGAUUUCAAUGGUGAACUCUGAAGCUGGUCUGGUGAAUGAACUUUAGCCUUGCUUCCAAUCCACUGAAUUCUUACCAUCAUGCAAAGUAGUUUUGACAUUUUUACAAGGUGAUUUGCUGAUUGAUGAUAUAGAUCAGCUGUCUGCUGCAAUGAUCAAACUAAUCUUGAAGCUGAGGCCCAUCAAUGUGCACUUUAACCUUUAUUAAUCAUCUUUAUGUGUGGUCUGAAGAAUUUUGACACUUAAUGUUUAAGUAGAAGGUAUUGUGCUUUGUCAUUGUU